UGGAACGAGUCCUGUAUGGUGCGGUUCAAUAUCAAUAAAAAUACAAUAAGAUAUUUAUUAUAACACGCGUUACAAAAUAUGACGUUACAUUAUUAUAAAUAACAUAAGAAAGCAUUCGACAUAUGGAAUGUGCUACUCUGAUAUACAUUGACUGUAUACAAUUAGACGAAGGAAAGCACCGAGUACUUUCGUACGAAGGAAAAUGAACAGAUAGAAUGAAAAGUGGAGCGAGUACUCGUACUUUUUAUAAAAAAAAUUAAUUGUUAAGAUAUUAUGUCAUCCGAAAGUUGUUUGCUCGUAAGACAUGGAUAACACCGAAUUGUUGUUCUUCGAUACGUUUUCCCACGACAUUUCAGAGAAAGCCGUGCAGAUUUCUCGUCACAAAACAUUGGAACAUGAAAUGAUGCGCUUUCAGGAAUUGAAUUUGGACCUGGUGCAAUUCCCCAAGCCUGUUUACAUUAGCGAGGUGAGAAUAAUUCCAUUGGGUGCCAGAGUACAGGCAGACUUUCCAGGAGGAGUGCGACUUGGAGCGACCAAUCCUUCUCAAUUCGAGAUUGAGUUUUUCGUCAACGAUCUCAGCAAACCCGGGGCCUCCACGUUCGAGUUUUUAGGUGGUUUAGAAUAUAAGCAGAACAUUCACAUCCAGCUGGAAUGCGAACGGAAGCAAAUACCAACGGAUGGGCUGGUGCUGAGAGGCUGGUACACCACCAUAACAUUGGCAGUGUACGGCACCCUGACCAAGUCACUCAACAAUCCGCAGGAAGUCGUCAGUUCGGCAGCUGGCUCUACCGCUUGCGUCAGCUCCAUAGAGGAGAACCCUGAAAAUGCUGUGCAAAUCUCGUCCGAGCAGCAGUCCGAAUGGUAUUACGAGAAUCAGCAUCAAACGAAUUUAUCGCAGGAAACAUGCGUGACGGCGACCCCGUCGCCACAACCGAUCCAGGUGGUGGAACCAUCCAGAACGUCUACGUCAGAGACGGGAAAGACAGAGUCGAGACAAUGGGAGGAAGAGACGUCCAACGCAGGCGAAAAAUCGUCAAAGCGACCUCUGUCUCCUCCUAUCGAGUCCCUGAUUUCUCUGAGCCCCGAGUCCAUCUCUGCCGAAGAGGAGGAAGCGGAGCAGCAAGAAGCUGGCGAGCCAGAGACCGGCGAGCCCUUCGAGCCAAUAUUAUCGGAUGAGGACAUAAUAACGGACGAUGUUCCGUCUACAGCCGAAUUUGAGUGCGAAUCAUCGCAGGUCGACGAAGUCUACGCGAUGGCUCCGCCCGAUUUGUUAAGUUUGGAAAAGCCGGAAGAUAUGGAGAACACGUGCGUGAAUCGUGAAACUUUGUCCAAGAUCAGAGAGCUUCUACAAUCCCUCUCCAAGUCGGUCUCGCAUUUUCACAAUGCGUCCGGCCAGGAGAAAGAAACGUUCGUUCACAACUGCGAGACUUUAUGCGCCAUAUUGGGUCCGUUUGACACAGACGUGAACGAUAUCAACGAUUUGACUGACAUCGUCAACGCCGGCUUAGAUAUGGAGCUCGCGAGGGCUCAACCGCAACCAGCGUAUAAAGUGCGUCAUGUAAAAGUGGGAGUUCGCUUGGCGGAGGCUCUCUGUCGAUUAUCGGAGGGUCCGGUGAUUCUGCUCAAGGUCGAAGCCCCGUACAAAUUGCUAUCCCUUUGUAUGCGCGAGAACGUGGCGUUACCAGUGAAACUCUCCGCUCUGCGAGCCCUCGACGCCGCAUUAAUCAGCCCGAUAAUCGUGCAGGAGUUUCUAAGGGACAAUCUGUACAGAAAUGCACUAACGAUGCUUGACACGACAAAGCUGGCCAGGCUCAAAUACGCCCUCAGCUCGCUCUUCCGCAAAGUCCACGUGUACGAGUAUCUGGAAGAGAUGAAGAAUUACGACGAGUUCGGUUUAGCGGAGCUCAUGAACGCGUACGUGUGCGCUCCGACGUUGAUGGCACAGCCUAAACGCCAGUUGCCGGCCGGCGCUCAGAUGGAAUUCGAACGAGAGCGUGCUCGCAAUCCCCGCGCUCAUCUGGUGGCUUAUUUUCAACACCAUAAACUGGCCCAUCAUCUUCUACUGGGGUUAUCUUCUCCCGAUUGCGAUUUGCAAACGAUGAAAUUGACCCGCCGCUUCCUCUUGCAGCUCUCCAAUACCAAGGAAGGCUUGUUCUACUUGCUGAAGGAGGUCGAGGUGGUUCGACUGUUAUUGAAAGCCCUGAAAUAUGAGCUACCAGGCGCUGGACGCAUUCUAGGAUGGCGUCUUCAAGUCGCGCAGUGCCUGAUUCGCCUUAAACAGACUUCCGACUGGACGGUUUUGAAGAGACUGCACUCCUUCCUCAUUUUUCCAGACGGUUUGCACGCUAUUGUCACGGUUCUACCUCUGGGCGACUUCAUAGAUAUUCUCAUCCCUUUCUUGAUGGACUCCAAUCUCUGCGAGUUCGCCGCCGAGGUGAUUUCCGCAGUCGUCCGUUAUUCCGAUAGAGUGGAGAUCUUCCAGAACCGCGCGGAAUUGAUACUGGACAAAGCUCGCGAGCAUGUUAUCCUCAGGGAUGUGACGCCGUACUUGACGGUCGCGGCCCAAGCGUCUCAUUGGGAUUACUGUGACGUCUCCCUGUUGGUGACAAUUAUCAGGAAAAUCGCUGAGAAGGCUGCAUCGCUUCCCGGUCAACUAAUUACUGCCUGUAGAAUUCUACAUUAUCUCAUCUUUCCAUCGAAUAACGACGUCGAUCCUUUGGAGCCGUACGUUGAGCUCAAGUACAGAAAUGCUCUGACCCAAUUGUUCGCUGCCGACGGCCUCACCGCUCUGGUUGCCGUAAUGGCGAACGUCUCCGAGUUCUAUGAACAACCGUUCCUCCAUUGCGCUGCUCUGACUGGUCGCAGAGGCAUGGCACUAAUUGCCUUAUUGCUUCCUUGCGUAAAACUGACCAGAGCAUUGCUAGAAAGACUCGUCAAGUGCAUGGCGACGGACUUUAAGGACCUCACGGCCGUCGCUCCGUUGCUCGGAGUCUACUCCUUGAUCGAAGCCAUCCCGUCUAACUUAAUGGUGCCGACUCUGUCCGAAGAAAUCGUGAGAACGCUUCUGGUCUUCACCCAGGCCGUCGAUUCCGACGGUUCUGGCAAUGUGGCCAAGUCGCUGUGGACUCAGAUGCUGGGCGAAGUUCUAAAGAUGAUCUCCCUCCGCCCUUGCAACUUCGUACCGGGUCUGAAGCUGCUAGCUCGCCUGCUACCUCCUGUUCUAACACCAAAAGAGACCACUACUGAGGAUGCGACGAGGAUCCUGGGCCUGAGGAAGCUCUGGUCGGCACAUCUUCAAGCUCAGGCUGCGAAUCUUACCGAAACUCUUCGGCUACUCUGUACGAGUUGGAACGGAGACGUCCUACUUCUCUUAUCGACGGUUUGCAAGCAGCUAAGCGACCUGGCAGCACCGACGGCUCUUUUGGUUGGAAGGUGUCUUUUGGAUGGUAUUCUAGCAGCCACUCCUCUCGAAAACAACGUUCCUAUUCUCGCUCUAAUCAGCGAUCUGGCCAGGCAUGCGCCUGUGAAGGCUACUUUGUUAACCUUGACCAGUCCGGCAUCGAGAGCGCAAGUAAAGUCCGAUCAAAAGUAUCCGCCGGUCAUCGAGAUGAUGUGCUCUACUCUGAAAAGUAGCAGCAACGUUAACGCGCAAUACGAGAUUCUCAGUAUCUUCGAAACUCUGUGUAACUGUAGCCUCAGCCUGGUGCAAGAGGACAACGAACCUUUGGAGAAGAGACUGACGCACUCGGUGCCCAGCAAGGAGCCUCUCUUAUCUAUCCUCGCGGCUUUAAUCGAUAUCCUAGCGAUCAGCACAAAAUUCCAGUUGGACGUGAUAGAGAGUACAUUGCACAUCCUCUUGUCCCUCAGCAACCACAACUACGGUCUCUAUCAUGUAAAGAGCUGUCUGGAAAACAAUCCCGGCGCUCUGCGCGCGCUACUGGACCACGUGUCUAGCUUGGAGGAGACCGAGACGAGCCCAGUCGUGGAUUUGACCGUGACAUUCUUGGAGAACCUAAUAGCCUCUGACUCGGAAGCAAGAACCUUGCAUCUGCGCGCGCAGCAAGUGGCAUUCUUGAUAUCCUGGGAGAAGAACGAGCAUCCCUUGGAGAAAGUGAAACGCACGGAAGAGCUGAUUGAAAUUUUAAGAGCCGCCGAAGAGAAGGAAGAGAAAGAACCGAUUCCGGAGAUGUUGGAGCCUCUGUUGCCAACCCCGGAAGCACUGUUGAACCAAUUCUCACAGAGGUGUCUUUGUACGACUAACAAUAGCCCGGCCCGACCCAAGAAGUUCUCAUUCACAGCCAAUCAGACGCAAACCGAAGAUACGGUGGACUUGCUGGCACUCGCCACCGAAUUACUGCCCGCUGAUUUUAAUCUGUUAGCGGAGGCGCAAAACUUAUGUUCUAAAAUACCUCCUGACGACGUCAUUCAACCUCUGCAACCCAAACCCCAGGACGAAGAACAGGAAAGCAGAGCGGAAAAACAGAUCUCUCCGAUGGCCAAGUCGAAACAGCCAUUUGUAACGCCAGUGCGAGGUCGGACACAGUUCGCCAAUUCCCUACGAGGUGGUCCAGUAGGUGGAGGAGUGGGCAGAGGGUCCGAUCCCUUCCGAUCGAGGCCGCCCAACACGUCAAGACCGCCGUCUCUUCACGUGGACGAAUUCGUAGCGCUGGAAACCUGCGGGGCUCAGCCAACCGGCCCUACCGGAUACAACAAGCUCAACAUCCGUGGAACGUGUCCGUCGCGUGCUAUCAGCAGCGGUACCAGAAGUCGACCUUGGACGCAAGAAAUUCGUCCCACGUAUCUUCGCUAAUUCACUACGGUCUGCCCCCUUUUGUUUCAUGUAUGUGUAUAUUUACAAAACAUAUCAAUUGUAUUAACAAUAAUAUAUAAAUUUCUUUCUGGAAAGGC